GGCUUCCACAUAGAAACUUCCAACGCAUACCUCAAGCGCACAUAAGUUAUAAAGGCUUCCACAUAGAAACUUCCAACGCAUACCUCAAGCGCACACAAGUUAUAAAGGCUUCCGCAUAGAAACUUCCAACGCAUAGUACCUCAAGCGCACAUAAGUUAUAAAGGCUUCCGCACAGAAACUUCCAACGCAUACCAGUUCAAAUGCUGGUAUGCUUAUGCAAGACCAUCUCAAGCGCAUAUAAGCCAAUGUCAAGGUGCAGUAUACGUAGACUAGCUGCACUCUUUUCUUUGACCUCUCGACAUGGCUUUACCAGAGACUUUCAGCAUUCAUGGGCCUCGGACUUCCGACGAAAGCAUACUUGCUGAAGACCGAAUGCUCCCAAGAGCUCUUCGUGACACGUCCUUUAUAACGAGAUCACUCUGUCUUCUUGCAAUGGGACGCCCCGAUCUUGAACUCCAUUGGGAGUCACUGCAAUCCGAGGACGCAUUCAAGAACGUGAGGGAAAGGCAAUGCUCUAUCCUGACCAACACUGUCACCGCAGCUGGUUUGCUUCUCGCGACAAGUGGUGUUUUCGUGACCGCCGUCUCUCCCGCGCCGUAUUUUGACUACACCUCGCCUGCCCCCUAUUUUCUACUCUUCAUAUCACUUAUGAUGGCCAUGAUUGCAAUGUUGACAUCUGGCUUGGGCAUGAUACGUUGGCUACAUGCCGAUCGCCAGUGGACUCAAGAGCAAAUCAAGCAAGGCGGUUAUUUCCUCUUGUCCCACCUCUUAUCAAUGGUCAUGCCCAUGUUCUUUGCUGGCCUGUCUCUGAAUUGCUUCAUAUUUGCAAUGUUGAUAGCAGGCUUCUGCUCUCAGAACACUGUCUGCCUCAUCCUCACUGCGGUCUGGCUCGUCGCAUACGUCGUCGGCGUUGGGUCGAUGUCCAUUGAAUUUAUGUGGAUGUUGGCCAGAUAUCUUAGGUCACGCUAACCUAGACACCGCCAGGAGUCUCCACCUACAAUGCACUACACAGUGCUUGUUGGUUAGGCAUACAGCAAGGUAUAGCCCAGCAUGGCGGGGUGGACGAUACUUAAGUAGAUAAUAUGUGCUUCAUUUUUUCAAUAUCAAAGAGGUAUUGAGUUGCUUUACCAAUCUUUACAUCGGAU